UUUUUGACUAAUCAAUUUUUUUUGUACUCUCCUACAGCCAUGUCUACACCAAGGGAUAAUGCUAUUGACCCACAUCAUGAAGACCCUGGAAUAAGAGACCUGGAGAAGAUGUUGCAAGAAGUGGGCCUGAAUCCCCAGUACUGGGUAUCUAAGCUGCAGGAAAGCUUGGAUGUGACCUCUGUCCAAGCCUUACAACACCUAGAACAGAGAGAAGUUCUGACACUGAAAUCCCAGUCGAAACAUCCAUGGGAGAAACGGGCAAUAGAAAGACUUCUUCAGCUGUCUAGAAACCAGGGAUCUGAGGAGAUGCAAGAGAAGUCCUGGGUGGCAGUGCAGGAGAGACAAAAGAGGGCUCAGUCAGCCUUACUAGAAUUGAAGGAGAUGCAGGUGGAAGGUAAAAGUCGCCAGGAAGAGAUUGUGAGGAUGAAAGAAGAAGAGCUGAGGCAGGUCAUGGAGAUCCCACCAGAGUACUGGCCACUUACUAAGAAACCCCUAACAGAGGUUAUAGAAAAUAUGAAAAAACACCUCAGCCUCAUGGAAGGCACUCUCUCUAAUAGGGAGAAUCUUCCUGACAGGGAGCUCCUGAAACAAGUUUCAGGUGGCCUAGCCCUGCAGGGAAUUUACCAAACUGGACAGCCUGAGGAUCUUUUGGAGAGGAGAGAAGAACUGCUCAGCCUCCCAGAGAACAUCUUUCUGCUCAGCCCAGAACAGGGGACACGGAUGGAAACCAAAGAAUUUUCAUCUUCUCAUGAAGAGUCUAUGUUUACCCAAAGCAUGGAGAGAUUAGGUUUUACUGCUAACUUCUUGGCCAAGGGUGGAGGCUGGGGAUUGAGCCUGGAGUCCAGCACCAAUAAUACCAGAUCUUCUGACUCCAGAGAACUGCAUAAAGAACACUCUGAGAACACUUACAGCUGUAUCACCAGGUUCAGCUACAUCCCUCUGGCUUGCUGCCACUUUUCACAAGAUCAGCUCUGUCUUAGCAGGUCAGCUGUGCAAGAGUUAAAACAGUUAGAGAAACUUCUGAUCCACUCCAAUGAUUCAGAAACUCACGUACUGAGGCAAAGAUGUGAGGCAUUUUUCCAAAGAUUUGGCUCUCAUGUGAACCAGGGCCCAUUGCAUUUGGGAGGAAUAUUCUGGUGGAAAGCUAUAACAAAAGGCUUCCAGUCAGAGGAGCUGCAUGAUGUAAAGCAACAAGCCUCCAAGGCACUGGAUGUAUAUAUUGGAGGCAGCUACUCUGGUUUUGGGGUGACAGUUGGAGCCGGAAUAAAUAUAUCAGACUCUCAAUCUCAAAUGGCUUCUUACAAUACAAAUUCCACUAAUUUGCAAGGAAGAUUCCAAUUGUCUGUAUACCAAACAGGAGGCCCCCCAGAGGUGGAUUCUCUUCCACAAUGGAAAGCUGGUCUUGUGGCCAGCAAUUGUACCUGGUGUGUCAUUGACCGAGGUUAUCAGUUAGUGCCUGUCUGGGACAUAAUUCUGUCUAAUCAUAGACAGGAUUUUCAGGAUCCCCUUCAACUAACUCACUGCCUCACAGACACUUACACAGCAUUGACUGGCAAACAUGCAAGAACCCAGGAUGGAGAGGAAUUUCUGAGUGCAAUCGAUGAUGCCAUGUCUUUUUUAGAAGAAGUAAAAUCUUGGGAAACUACUGAGCCUCAGGAGAAGUUGAUGAAACUGAUGGAUUUCAUGCAAAAUCUGAGUGAGAAGACCAGGAACUAUGACCCUUGGAUUAACAUCUGUCUCAAAAACCCAUCUCUGCAGCAGUUCUUGGUAGACAUUUAUAACUUUUACAAAGAUUUCCCAAUUCAUGAAGUCAAAUUCAUUAAAUCUCAGCUGCGUAGCCUUCUGUAUCCUCAUGUCUAUCAAGUGAAAGACUUCCCACAGAGUCACUCAAUCAUGCAGUGGAUUUUCCAUUCAGCAAAGCAGCAACAACAUAUACAGGUUACAGAAUUUGAUGAUUUCAUUCAGCUCUUAGAAAAGGAAAAGAAUAACCUUCUUGAUGUAAAUCCUAACUUAGAGUUCUUGGGACAGAUGGAAGAAGCUCGAAGAAAGGCCACUUAUAAGAUCAGUUCAUUUCUCAGCUCCUUUCUGAAGACCUUGAAACAGUCAGGAGAGUCAGGCACAUACCUCCUGUUACUUUCCAUUGCAGUUGGUGCAGGGUACAAGGAGAAAAACCAAACCUUUCAUUAUCUCCUAGGAUGUGAAGAAUUAAAUUUCCUGUUAUGUGAAAUGAAAGAAGCCCAUGAAAAAUACCAGAACCUUAAUAAGAAGUGUGGCUCUAUGGCUCAGGCAUUCCUUCUGUUCACAGGACUCACAGUUACCCCUGGUCCUAUUUCUGUGUCUUCAGAAGAAAAGAAGCAACGUUUGGAGCUCAUGCAAUCUCACACGGGACUGUCAUGGUCCAAAGAAGUGCUUCAUGUACUCUCAAAACCCAGGGCAGGUCAUGAUUGGGAAACUCUGGAGAAAGAUUUGAAUUUGCUCAUCAGUGGAGAAUAUGAAGCAAUAUUGAACGGUGUACAGAUGGACCAGGUGAAAAAAGAACUGGAAAGUGUCUCUCAGAGAAAGAAAAAGUUAUGUGAACCAGAAUCAGUUACCAUCAAACAGCAUGAAGUGAUAAAUUCCACCUUUUUAGAGCUAGCCAAGAGGCUUGAUCUGGCAAGUUACUAUCCAAGGAAGAUGGGUCGGGCAGAUUUCCAUCUGAUUUACAAGACUUCUGUGCAUGACACUCAGCCAGAUAAAGAAAUUCAGUUACCAUUUUAUUUCCUACAGAAGCUAUUGAUGCUGGAUUACAGACUUAGAUACUUGGUCUGCAAAAUAGAGGGAGACACAAUGACUGGUCAGACUGUGACUCUCAGAAACCUUGAGGAUGACACUUCAGAUCCUUAUGAUGAUUUGUUUAAUGAUAGUGACAUGCCCUCUGACAUCUUGACCACAGACCAGCGUCACAUUCACCCAAUGGACAUCCAGAUGAUGAUUUUUCAUUGUGCAGAUGACUUCAUGAGACAAUACAUUUCAAACAAACUUUCCAUCUGCCAAUUUGCUCUCCCUCUUGUGGUGCCCAAUCCCUCUAAUUCUGUAAUAGAAUUUCCCCUUUGGUCUUUCAGCCAGAUCAAGAGAAACUGGAGACAGAUAGAGAAAUCAGAGGGAAAAGACAAAGUCAUUAAUUUUCAUAACCAAUCUAUCUUCCAAGUACCUAUCCCCAUCGUGUCUUUCAUAAGAGUUGUGAAUUCUGCUACUUCUUCCAAAUCUCAGAUCUUGAACUCUCUGCUGAGUAAGCACAAACAUGAUACUUUUUUCCACCGUCACUGCCGAGGAAGCAGCAAGCUCUGCCUCUUGAUGGGAGGUGUGGUAGAAAUCUCCUGGUUCUUCCCAGGGGGAAGAGGUGAGGACAGAUUUGAAAGCUGUGUUGCUUUCACCAAUCUCCAUGGAGAUGCCAAAGACUAUGAGACCCAGCUCAGGUUUCUGCAGGAAAUUGCUUCAGUCACAGUGGUCCUUGUGUCUGCUUCUGAUAAAAGUGAGAGGACCACGAAAAUGGUCCGGGAUCUGUGGAAGUCAUCCAAACCUUUGGUUUAUUUGUUUGAUGACAAAGAUAAGACUGCAAGCAAUGACUCUGGCCAGAAAGUGAGAAUUGGGAUCAGGAAUAGAAAUGAGGCAGAAUUAAUAGAUGAACUCACAAGUGUCAUCAAUCGCCUGCUGAAGUCUUCAGGUCCCUUUCUCAGUCUGGAAGACUGUGCAGAUGUGGCUCGCCGGUAUGGCUUUCUCGUAGACCUGGAUAGAGAGGAGUGUCAGGAGGCCAAGGGAAAAGCAGAAUCUUUGAUGGCCCUCAUGAAAGAGAUGAAAUUGUCUGAAAUGAAGGAGACAUUAUUGCCUCUUCAAGGAGAACUUUGGCACCAGUGGUGUAAGAAGGAUAAGGAGCUUUGCCACCUGCGAGAGAAAGGGAACCGUAGCCUUGAACAGCACAAGAGUGAGAUUGAGACAGAAAAGCAAAUAAUAAGACAAACACAGCUAAAGAGGGCAUUUCCUCUCAAUGACUUAAUGCGAGCGGUGUUGGAAGUGCUCCAAUCUCACUCUGAGAGAGACAACAAAACUCAGUUGUACUUCCUGCAGUGGCUGGAUAUGUUUAUGGACACUCUGACCAAAAGUCAUCUAGAAAUGCUUUAUAAGAGGCACAAGCAGUUGUUUUCCCAGUCAUUGGCAGAAAACCAAAAGGGAUCCAAGGACGUCUCCUUAAAAUACCACCAAAUGGAACUAGAAACUGUUUCUAAGGAGAUCAGGGAUUCCUCAUUGGGUAUUGCUCAUAUCCUCAGAGAAGUUGGCCAGAUCUAUGAAGCUUUGGAAGAAGUUUCAUCCCAAAGGCAUACUGUGUUCUUCUCUCUUCCUCAGAUUGCUGCCGACCUGAUGGUUUCUGGAUAUCCCCUUGAGCUGAUGGAUGGGGAUGCUUCCUAUGUACCCCUGAAGUGGGUGUCAGCUGUUUUUGACAGAUUAAUUGAGAAAAUUGGAGACAAAAAGCUUUUUGUUCUCUCUGUUCUUGGUCUCCAAAGCACAGGGAAGUCCACUUUGCUGAAUGCAAUGUUUGGCCUUCAGUUCAAUGUCAGUGCAGGGCGAUGCACACGAGGAGCCUACAUUCAGUUGGUGAAGGUGGAGGAAACCCUGCAGGAAGAGAUGGGCUUUGACUUUGUCCUUGUGGUUGACACAGAAGGACUCCGGGCCCCAGAACUUAUGAACAAGUCACAGAAUCGGGACAAUGAGCUGGCAACCUUCGUCAUUGGACUUGGAAAUCUGACUUUGAUCAAUAUUUUUGGAGAGAAUCCUUCAGAAAUGCAAGAUAUUUUGCAAAUUGCUGUGCAGGCCUUUCUGAGAAUGAAACAAGUAAACAUUUCUCCAAGCUGUCUCUUUGUCCAUCAGAAUGUGGGGGAAAUGACUGCCAAAGAUCAGAACAUGGAAGGGAGAAGAAGACUGCAGGAGAGACUGGAUGAAAUGGCAGUCACUGCUGCAGAACAGGAACAAUGCACCGAUAUUACUUGCUUCAGUGAUGUCAUUUGGUUUGAUGUAAACACCCAGGUCCACUAUUUUGCUCAUCUAUGGGAAGGGGAUCCUCCAAUGGCUGCUCCCAACCCCACUUAUAGUCACAACAUCCAGGAUCUUAAAAAAGGAGUUCUCUUGGCUGCCAAAGAAGAAUCCAAGGGCAGCAUCCUGAAGAUAUCUGAGGUAAAAGUUCGGAUCCAGGAUUUGUGGAAAGCUUUGGUGAAUGAAAACUUCAUCUUUAGCUUUAAGAAUACCAGGGAAAUCAUGGCCAUAAGCAAACUUGAGACAAUGUAUAACAACUGGUCUUGGCAGCUAAGAAGUCAUUUAUUAGUGUUGGAAAACCAGUUGGUCAAUCAGAUUCAAAAUGGAGAGAUCCUGGAUCUCACCAGAAGUUCUAUUGAGGCAAAUGUUGCAGAAAAAUAUGAAGCAAUCAGGGAAGAACUUCAAAGAUAUUUUGAUGAAGACCAAGACAAUGAAAUCCUGAUUCAAUGGAAGGGAAAUUUUGAGAAUAAAUUUAGAAAUCUUAAGGAGGCACUUGUUUCAGAAAUUACCAGAAAGUCCAUUGAUUUUCUCAGUUCAAGGACAAGUCAAGAUAAACUGGAUAAAAAGAAAUCAGAAUAUGAAAAACAGCUAUUGUUGAGAAGUAGAGAUGUGGCUUUAUUAGUAAUGGGUAAGGAAUUAGAUGAGGAUGAAUUGAGAGAAAAGUUCAAUCAACUUUGGACAAUGUGGGUCUGUGAAGUGUCCUCAAGUUCCUCUACUGUUGAAAACCUCAAUAUUGAGGUGGAUUUGGAGAAUGUCUUUCUAGAUCAUUUUAAACAGGAGCACAAUGUCAGAAGCAAACUUCAAGCUUGUUCCAGAAGGAAAACAUUUUCCAUUGAGUAUGAAAAACAUGUCAAAAUGAAGAAAAAAUGUUACUUUUACACACCUUCCAUAGCAGACAGUUAUAAGGUGAUCAUAAAUCAAACUACCCAAGACAUCAUAUCUCUGGUCAAGGAAACUAUUGAAUCUAAUUCAAAAAUGGGAAGAGAUUAUAACAAAAGUUAUUUCCAUGAAAUACUGCGAUUGAUAGAUAAGGAAACUGAUUCUGCAUCCAAUAAAUCUCAGUACACAUAUACAAGUGAAUAUAAAAUGGAUUUGUCCUUAUAUUUGUGUCAAAGAGCAGCAGCUAUUUUUUGGGAUAUGCACAAAGCAUUCAAGAGAGCUCAUGAUCCUGUCACAUAUCUAGAAAGCAAGAGAGAGGAUUUCUUCAUGAGCUUUAAGAUUUCCUGCCAGGGCGCGACCUCCAUCACAACAUUUGCUGACUUUCUGGGGAGGAAGCUCACUGCUUCCCUUCCAAUAGCAAUCUGGAAAAAGGCAGCCCUUGACCUUGCUGGGGAGAUUAGGGCUAACUGUCCUGCCUUCAAUGGAAACCGAUCCAACUUGGAAAAACAUAUUCUAAUCUCUCUGGCUAAGGAAGAAAAUUUUGUGCAUUAUUGGCAAUAUAUCCAUCAACCAGAAUGGUUUUUCAAAGAUUACAUUAAGAAAGAGAUUGAAGCAUACUGUGGAAAUAGAGGUACUGACAAAUUGAAUGAUGUUUUAAGUUACAAUUUGAACUAUUUUAAGAACAUCAUCUUCUCUGCUAUUCAGGAGUCAACUCUGGCAGCUAAAGAUCAAAACAAUUCUGCUUGUGUGUGGCUGGACACAUUGUGUAAUAAGCUGGGGUGUUAUUUGACCUUUCCAAGAGGUGACUUAAGAAGCAUUGAACACCAGAAGAUAACUGACAUAGAUUUUCUCAGAGAAGCCAUGAAUGAACUCCUGGAUAGUGCAAUCCAAAAGGUAGGAAAGGUCUGUGAGGUUGUAUUUAUAGAGAGAGUUGUGCCCGAGAUUCAAGUUAUACUCUCUGAGCAGCUCAGUGGCUGCUGGAAGCAAUGUCCCUUUUGCAAGGCAAUCUGUACAAAUACAGUCAAAGAUCACAGUGAGGACCACAGUGUCCCUUUCCAUCGUUCUCGUGCUGUCAAUGGUGGAUCUUGGCACAAUACUGAUGAGUUUUCACUUGGUUUCUGUACUAGCUAUGUAGCAAGUGAUGUUUCAUUUUAUCGUUCUAGUGAUGAAGAUAAGACUUUCCCAUAUAAGACUUAUCGUCAGGCAGGUGGUAAAUAUGCCACAUGGAGUAUCACUCCAGACACAUCCGCCCAGCCAUACUGGAAAUGGUUUGUGUGUCGCUUCAGGUCACAAUUAGAAGAACAUUACAAGUUCAGAUUCAAGGGAGGAGGUCAGAUUCCUGAUACAUGGACUAGAAUCACCAAGCAAGAUGUGCUGAAUGAUCUGAAUAAAUAAUAAUUUUCACUGACACCCAGGAACCUGAAUGUAGAGCAUUUUGAGAAAUUGUCCUCACAGAAAUAAUUUUUUCCAAAUAUGAAUAUAUGAGACAACAUAAUCAGAUCUAAAUUAUAAUGUAGUAAUCAUCAGAACUUGAUAACAAUGAUUAAAAAAUAAAAUGACAUUAAAUGAGAUAGAAUAAACAACAGAGAACCAACAUAUUGCUGUUCAUGCUUUGGCUACCUAACCGUGAAUUACUACUAUCCCCUUUUUACCUACUCAUGUGCUACUGAAUGGAACUGGAGACUCUUGUGGAACUCCUGACUGAUUCCGCUACAAAUUCAUCUUACAUAAUUUCAACUGUUUAUUAUAGUAAGUCAGUCAGUAGGUUUAUUAUUCCAUUCUAUAGUGACUAAUUUAGAAAUUUUCUCCUAUGCUCAAACCUCCAACAAAAUUCUACCCUACCCUUUCAGCUGAGGACUGUUACAGACAAAAGAGUGGUUUCCAUAAACUGUGACUGUGAAAAUAUGGUUUCAAGACUUUGAAUAGUUAAAACUGCAAAGAUAAAUUUUAGUGUCUUGAUUUUAUAUUAAAAAAUAAAGUGGUCACCAUGGGAAAAAUUCCCAAAUGUGAAAUACCCAAGUCAGCUGGGUUUUAUGGAGAUUUUAAUUAAUACAAAUUAAGGAAUUAAGGAAAGGGAGAGAGAGAGAGUAAGAGGAAAUAAUAGGAAUGCUAGGGCCUAGGCCAAUGGCCUAGGCCUUUUCUUUUUAAGAGAGAAAACUAAGUCAGUCUUUAAUCACUCACCACAAGAUUUUGUUCCAGGCAAAACUCUAGUCUUCUGAGAGACCCUCCAGUUUAGCUCAGGAAGCUGAACUAAGUUUGGCCACUGAGAGAGAGAGCACCAGCAGCCUCCUCUGACUCCUGCCCUGCAUUUCAAAAGCUGAAUCCAAAGCUGAAUUUCCUGCGAGGCCUAAACCCCUUCCUUUUAAAGAAAAUUUCUCCUAUGUCACCUCCCCUAAAUUUCUACGUCUACCAAUCACAGUAGACGUUUUCCAAAGGACUGACCAUUCUUAAUUCACACCUGAGUAGACUAAUCUUGUCCUUUGCAAUUUGCUUGAUUAAUUUGAUCUUCAUAGUUACUUAGCACCCCUUUGUAUUAGAUCUAACAAUAGACCUAGCUUAAGGGUUCUUGCUUCACUUUAAGUAUGAGUUGGGGACUUUUCAUUGUUCAGUCAGGAGUUUAUAACUUUAUCUUCCCCUAAAGUUUGCCUAAGUAUGGGUGGAGGGAUGUUAGAGUUCCCCCAUUCCUGACCAAAGUCCCUUCAUUGUUUUAAAGUGGGCAAUGAUUUUAACCAAAUGUUCUAAGGUAGAGUCUGAGAAUUUUUAAGAUUCACCAGUUUGAGAAAUUUUAAGAUUCACAGGAUGUUGUCUCAUAUUUUCUUGAAAAAUAGAGACCAUUUGCAAAGACUAUCCUCUUUUUCACUCCUCUCCUUCCAAUAUCCUUCUAUAAUAAUUUCCUAUUGUCCCCUUCACUAUACUCUUGUAUGGUGAUGUAACCCUUUUGCUUGUCAAGGACAAUCAUCUAAAUUUACUCUUAAUCCCCUCUCCUCCUGACUUCUCCAGAAGAUCCCUCCUUCCUACUCCUCCUGCCAUACCAACUUCCUCUCUUCCUCCCACACUACAUCGCUCUCUCUCAUUCUCUCUGUCUGUCUCUCUCUGUGUCUCUCUUCCUUUCUAUAAAUCUUUCUCUGUCUCUGUUUCUUAAUCUUUGUCUUUGUCUCCAGUAGAUAAUGAAAGAAUGGAAUGAGGAAUUAUAUUUCACAGUUAAAAUAUGACUAAUGACUUAGGAGAAAGCACUUUUAGUUAAAUGAUGAGGUAAGAAGGCAGAUUCAAUAAGGCUAAGAAGAGAAUGAGAGCAGAGGACAUAGAGGCAACUUUUUCAACUUUUUUACAGUUUGUAAGAAGGAAAUUUAAUUAAGCAGCUUCAUUUUUAUUAGCUUAUGAAUCCUUUUAGUUUGAUAACUUGGAACUAUAUGAUUUGUAGUAAGAAUGUAGUUCCAGGCAUAAAUCUGUUUAUGUAACCAGAUUAAGAAUAUAGUCCCAGGCUAGUAAUUGAGUAAUAGUUUUUUUUUUCAUAAGUGUGUUACUACAUUAACCAUAAGUGUAUGAUGAUAUUACUUUACACUAUUCUUUAUAUCAUAUUAAUUCAUGGAGGAGCUUAGAAAGCCCUGGGGAAGAUUUCUCAGAAAUGGGGGUAGGAUAUACUACAUCAAGGAUGACCUGUAAGAAACCCAGAUCUUGGGGUCCUGACCUGUCCAUAACCUGUAAUCCCUAUUACUUACACCAAGAAUGACCCCUGUAACUCUUACCCCCACUCUGUAAGAAUUUGCUUUUAAAAAUCUUUCAAAGUUGAUGGUCAGAAAUCUCAGAUUCAACUGGAGAUUUUGCAGACCUCUGACAUGUUUGCCUUGUUCACCAAAUAAAGUUAGAUUUUGUUC